GACUUACACCGUUGAGGCCACCUGCUAGUGGGGCUGAUAGAGAUAUUGAGCAGUGAAGGAAGAAAUGUCGCAACCGCUGGUAGGGAGAUUGCUACCGGGAGAAGCGUUCCGAAAUGAUAAAGGUGUUCCUCGUUCCCUCGCUUUCGAGUGGGAGGAGCCCAUCCAUCAACAUUCGUCAUCAGGCUCAAAAGUGGUUGCAGCGAUAAAACCGUCCAUUCAUUCCAGCUCGACAUGACUUUACAACCCCUAAAUGAGACCCAAGGGUCCAAGGCCCAGCUGGUAACGAAGCACAUCGCGCCGAACAAUCUCCUCUCGUUGGCUUCCCAGGGCAAAAUCUGCACGGCUUUUGGCAUCAAGAUCAUUGCUGGCGGCGAGAUUGUCCAGAUUGCAAAGGCCGCCGGCUACGACUCUCUGUUUAUCGAUCUCGAGCACACCACGCUGACGAUACGCGAUGCUGGCCAGCUUUGCAUCACCGCCAACUCGGCCGGCAUCACCCCGUUCGUCAGAGUACCGCACGAGUGCGGCUUGGGAUUCAUGCAAAAGGUACUCGAUGCCGGUGCCAUGGGCAUAAUCGUCCCGCACAUUCACACCGUGGACGAUGCGCGCCGGGUCAUCAAUGUGUCCAAAUAUCCUCCCCUUGGCCAUCGAUCCAUCAGCGCCGGCUUCUCUCACUUCGAGUACGCUCCGCUCCAGCCUAGUGUGAUCCAGGCCGAGCUCAACGCCGCGGGCUCGACUGUCUUCAUCAUGAUCGAGACGGCUGAUGCUCUCUCAAAUGUCGAUGAGAUCGCGGCUCUCCCAGGCUGUGACGUAUUACUGGUUGGAUCAAACGACUUGGCCAGUGAAAUCGGCACGCUGCCUGACUGGGACCAUCCCGAUUUCAUCGAGGCUCUCCGCAAGGUGGGAGCAGCCGCUUCCAGGCACGGUAAGCAGAUGGGUAUUGCAGGCUUGUACCACCGACCGGACAUUCUAUCCAAGGUGAUUAACGAGUUUGGGGCCAAAUGGAUCGUUGGCGCCCAGGAUGUUGGGCUCUUGCUGGCUGGCGGCCGGGCCAACUCGGAUUUGCUGCGAAGCUUGCAGGCUUGA